UUCAAUAACCUAGAACUAGGGCGGAGAAGAAGGCCAUCAUUUGUUGGUGUAGUUCUUAAGUGUGUGUUCUUAAGUCUCGAAAGAAUAAAGAUUUCAAAGUGGAUAAUUUGUGUCAACGAAUGUCAUGUUCUUUAAUGGUUGCGUGAGGCAUCUUCUUCUCUUAUGAUUUUUUGCAGCGCUGAUUUUCUGUCUAGUAGCCACUAGCCAUCAAACUUUAUUUCCCAUUUGAGUUAACAUCUCAGGAUUUCUGCUAGAGCUGUAAGGUCUGAUAGCUGAUUCAUCAGAUAAAUUAAGACACUGGUGUUGCCUAGAUUUUCAAACAGCGGUUUUAUCUAAAACUUCAAAAAUGUUUUGGCGUUUUAAUAAUAUGUGUACCACCAACAUCGACAAUCUUCUAAAUGAUGAAGAUAUCACAUUACAGAGAUUAAUGGAUGAAGAUGAUAUAAUUCAAGAAUGUAAAAGUAGUAACAGGAAGCUCAUUAAUUUUUUGGUGAAGCCUGAAGUGUUGCAUGAACUCAUCAGUUUGGUGACAAAGGAACCAUCAACUCAGGCUGCUGAUGUUGUGCGUUUCAAAUAUAAUAACAUAGCUGCUGAACUGCUUUCCUGUGACAUUUCUGUCAUCAAUGAUGCUAUUGUAAUGGAUGAGGUUCUCUUGACAGAGUUGUGCCAAUUCAUUGGUAAUGAACCUCCACUCAAUCCUCUCAUGGCAUCAUUUUUUAGUAAAACAAUGGCAGUUCUGGUUGGAAGGAAAGCAGAUAAGAUGCUGGAGUACCUGAAAAAAAAAGAAGGAUUUCUUUCUCAGCUUUUGAAACAUUUAAGAACUUCUGCCAUAAUGGAUUUGGUAUUGAAGUUGGUGACCUGUGUUGAAAAUAAAAAUUCCAGAUUAGAGAUUGCUCAUUGGCUGUGUUCCGAGCAUUUUGUGGAAAAUUUACUUGGUCUUUUAUCCGGGAAAACUGAAGCAGAUUUGCACGGGAAUGCAGCACAACUUUUGUGUGAUUUGUUACGUUUGCUGCGCGACAUGCACGCUCAAAACGUGGCAAAUGAGAUCAGCAUGGAACACACUCAUCAAGGCGAAUCGGUUGAAUGUGAUCCCAUUCUUGGCGCGUUGGAAUCAAAAGCCAUGGUGGACCUCCUCCUAAGUAAUAUGCUGGGCAGUGAACUCUGCGAAAGUUCUAUUGUUCAUGGCAUCACAGUUUUGUUGACGCUAUUAGAAGUUCGCAGACCUCCACAAUUGUUAUCCAGUGAGCCAGAAGUUUAUGAUCGUUUUCCUCCCGAUCCUGUUGUUACACCUUGUAUUCGAAACACAGUGGAAGCCAUCAUUCCGCGUUUAAAAGACUUCCAUCAAAUCCUUUCUCAACCUCCUCAUAAACCCGACAUGGACGUUAUAACAGGUGCAUGCAAUAAACCGUUUGGUUUUGUGCGGUUACAAGUGACGCGCUUGAUUGCCGUGCUGAUUGCUACUGGAAGCUCGGAAGUUCAGAAGGAACUAGCUUCUCUAGACACUUUUCCUCUUUUACUGGAUAUGAUGGUAGAAUUUUGUCACAAUAACUUCCUCCAUGCUCAAGUGGAGCGCUCUAUCCAGUACGUUUUGGGUCUCGAGCCAAUUGACUUGCUUCAACCAUCAACCCCACUGGCGGUGACCGAUGGUUCUUCAGAAAACGAAACCAGAAACGAGUCUGAGCAGCCCACAAGUUCCAAUCAUCGCCUCCUUUCUUACCUGAUGAACGACGUUUGUAUCGUUCGGCGUAUUAUGGAGGCCUGGGAGCUAAAUGAUCAACACCAGAACCAGCAGGGUGGCUUAAGGCGAGCUUACAUGGGUCAUUUAAUUCGAAUGGCGAAUUAUGUAGUUGAUUUUGGAAAACAAGGAAAGAACGCCACCAAGAUACAACAGCUGAUAGAAAACCUCCCUGACGAACUUAGAAAUCGAUGGGCAGAUUUUGUGGAAAACAAAGUAGUACCUGCCAAUCGUAACAACGAAAUCAUUCCGGUCACGUCUCACAUGGUAGCACCCCGUGUCAGCUCUGACGAAGAGGAAUCUGAUUUGAUUCGUCUGCCAAAGGAUACAGCAGCACAGGAGGUGUUCGCUGAAUACCAGAUGGAAGUUAUGAACAAAAACAUAGUUACACAAUUUGGUUUUGCCGAUACUCAGUUCAAUGAUAACGACGAUCAGUUGAGACCGCCUCCUGAGACGCUGGUGAAUAUUGCUUUACCCGAAGAUGGAGACGAGCUUACCCAACAGUCUGAGCUCUUCGAGCAGGUUUGCAACGAACGGAUGCAGACGCGGCAGAAAGCAGUUGAUGGUGAUGAUGCUGAAGACAACGAGACAUGGCUGAGCACACGACGUUCCAGUGAAAACGCUUCCACUGUCCGACAAGAAUCGAUUCCCGAUGAAGAGGAAACUAUUGCCGAUGUUGCAAAUGAUUCGAUGGAUAUCGAUAAUGCAGACCCCUGGGCGUCAACUGGAGAUCUAGCUAUUCCUGUGGCCGCAGAUGCAGGAAAUCCUUGGGAAAGCGCCCCAACUUGUACUGCAGGUGACGAGGACGAUAGUUGGGCAAAUUUUUCAAAGGCGGAUUUCGAUAACCCGUGUAUUGCGACUCCAAUGGAAAUAUCGGAUUCCCCAAGUACAGUUGCAUCAGACGUUCCCGCAGACGUUUCACUAAUAACAUCGAAAGAUCCCAACGCAUCUUCUCCGGAGGAUAGAGUGCAAUGGAAAAAUCCUCCAGCAAAACCAACAGAAGCCUACCAACCAACUCUAAUUGAACAAAUAGCAAAUGUUUUCACUCAUGGGAUAUGCAUUUUGCCAGCUGUUUAUGCCACUUGGUUGUUGAUACAACGCGCAUCUACCCCCACCCAAUUUUGGGCGGGUCUCAUCUAUGGAAUCGCCUUGGUAAUGCUUUUUACGGUAUCUGCUGCAUUCCAUACAACUUGUUGCUUGUGCAAUAACAGCCGAAUGCGUGAUUUCUUGCACCGGGGAGACCGUGCUAUGAUAUAUAUUUUCAUUGCCUCUUCAUACUUCCCGUGGCUAUCUUUAAUGCCAAAUCUUAGCGUUGCUGCCGAAGCAAUCAACAAAUCGUCUUUUUCCUUACUCCCAACAAUUCUUUCUUCAUUGGGAGUCAGUACGUUAGUGGCUGCGGAUUUACGUUGGUUAGUCUGGUGUCUAGCUGCAAUGGGCAUCCUUUAUCAACAAAUUUUUCAUGAAAAGUACAAAUGGCUAGAAACAUUAAUCUACGUACUCAUUGGACUGUUGCCCUCCUUGCCUUUUGUCCAUGGUGACGAUUUUCAAGGAGUAUGGGAAUUGAAGCUGGGUGGAGCCUGUUAUAUUAUAGGUCUUAUAUUCUUUAAAGCUGACGGUCGGAUCCCAUUGGCACAUGCCAUCUGGCAUAUACACGUAGCUCUUGGUGCUUCUAUCCAUUACUACGCCGUGUUCUCUUAUCUUAUGGGCUAAUUUUGAUUAGGCCCAAGAAUAGUCGUUGAUAGUCAAAUGUAGCAAACUGGUUUCUAAAUAAGUAUGGGUGUGUAUUAGUCACACACUCCUCUUAAGCAACCAGAACCAAGAUUCAUUAAGAAUUGGUUGCAUGGUUCUAGCUAAAUGAAAAAUGAUUGGCUUUCUAUGUGAUUUAGUAUUUUUCUAAAGCAUUAUCUAUCCAGAUUAUGUCAAGAUAUUUUUUAUUGCAAUUUUUUGUGUGUAAUUUUUCUCUGCAGUGUUUCUCCCUUCUAUUAUUAGGUUGCGUAAUCAUGUCUUCAUGUGAGUAUUAAAUUACCAUGUUCAUCCCGCUUUCUGUCUUGUAAACUGAAGCGUCCCAGUUGAGAACUAUCGUACUAAACAUAUUUUAUUACUCGUGUAUUACUAAUAUUUCUCUGUGCUGCUGUUUCGAUCAUUCAAUAUUCCAGUUGAUAAGGUAAGCCCUAAAUGUAAGUCUUAUAACAUUAUUCAAUUUGUAUUAGAUCUCUCUGGAUGCGGUCACAGUAGACACGACAUAAGCUCUUUCUUAUUCUACUUAGUGAUGAGAUAGUAAUCAUAGUAUUGAGAUUGUUAAUUAGACCAUAGUUAAUUUGCCAUAACAUCCCGAGGUUGUUGUUCAUUCCUUUGUCGUUUGAAUAUUUGAUUGCAAAUUGCAAAUAUUCAUCACAACUUUUUGUGUUGAUGUCAUUAAAAUUUGGCGGAAAUGUUCCUUUAAUUCAUAUGCCAGCCGAUAAACGUAAAAUAGAAAGUAUUCUGCAUGCAA